AUGUUACCAAUUCAAUAUGUCAGUAUAGAGGAAGAGUGCAAACGAAAUCCGGAACUCAAAAUGUCAGAUUUGCAAAUGUUGAAGGAUUGGAUGGAAAAGCAACCUCAUCUGCCACGAAUAGAGAUGUUAUAUCUUGUUUUGUUUCUACAUAGCAAUUAUUAUCGUAUAGAGGCGACUAAGAAGACGAUAGACAAUUUUUUCACCAUAAGAACGCUUUUGCCAGAAGUGUUCUCUAAUAGAGAUCCAAUCGCAUGGAAGGAAUUGCGAAAAGCCUUUUCUACCAUAGCAGCUGUGCCAUUAGAGCAAAAAACCAAAGAAGGAUACAUUAUGACACUUGCCAAAUUUCUGGAUCCAAAUCCAAAUAAAUUCAACUAUUUCGAGUGCAAUAAAUAUCUACUUAUGACUUGUGAGAUACAAAAUGUGGUACAAGGUACCAGCGAAGGAUUGGUUGUUAUUCUUGAUGCAAGUGGCUUGUCUUUUG